AUGCUCACAUUGAUUCAACAGAAACCCAUGUUCUCAUUUGCAAGGAGGCUAGUCGACCGACUUGACGGCUCGAAUCUUCUGCAGCACCAAUCAGACAACUCGUAUUUCAAAGAAACCCAAAAAAUCAACAACAAUGGCUACGGUCUUCGCGUGCUUAAGGUGAUUCCUCAUUCGGGUGCUCACCGGCUCGGUCUAGAGGCCUGGUUCGACUUCAUCAUCAGAAUCAACAACAACGAAUUGCCCAUGAAGUAUCCUCAUUCUCUGGCCUACAGUGUCAAUGACGAAGGUGCUGUUAAUUACGGACAGCAGGGCGCUGAAGCCGGCAUGAUAGACUGGGACGCUUUGGCUCAGGAACUUGAAAACAUAGCUCACCACAAUGGGCCCAGACAGGUUGAGUUUGAGGUCUGGAGCGCCAAAGGUGGCGUGGUGCGUCAGGUCCGUGUUCCUCUUGACGAGUUUCGUAAAGAGCUUCCCGCAGACACUGGUGCUGACGAAAAGGCAUACCUUAACAACUUCCAGCAGAUUGGCCUCACCGUACAAUCAGAGCACUUGAAUAAUGCUACAUACGUGUGGCGUGUUCUCAAUACGCAUCCAGGCUCUCCAGCUUUUGACGCUAAGCUUGUCCCUCACUCAGACUACGUUAUUGGAUGUGACUCGUGCUUUGACACGGACGAACACGGAAAGGGCCUUUUGUCCAAUGGCGGGGAGAGAUUACUUUCACAGACCAUAUUAAGCUACUACAACCACCACAGUGCCGUGCAACAAAAGGACAGCAUUCCUAUAAUGUUGUACGUUUACAACCACGACCAUGAUGUCUUACGUCCUGUGACUGUGAACCUAUCACGAGGUUGGUCCACUGGAGGAGCCAAGGGUAUUCUAGGCUGUGAUGUGGGUUACGGCUGGCUUCAUCGUAUACCAGAAGUGGUUGGCAAAUUCGACAACAUGGAGACCAUCGACGAUCUUCUCUACGAGAACAAAACCGAUUUGAGCUAUAAUUUGAACGAGAAAGAGCCAGAGCCCGAAACUAGUGCACCACCGCAAAGCGCUCCUCCAAGAACAGCCUCAUUUUCUGGAACCGCUAUCGUUCCGCAGGCAGCCCCAAUCGCUCCGCCUUCCAUACCGCCAUCGGCCAAAUUAGCCAAGAAGAAAAGACAUCAUGGAUCAGCAAAUGUCGAUCUUACCAAUUUCAUGAAUGAAGAGCUAGAUAAGUCCAAGGCCUCGGACGUGAAGUACGGCGAGCAGCCAGAGGACACACCGCCGCCUCCACCCCCAUCAAAAGCUACUAAGGAAUAA